AUGGUGGAAGAAUUUGACUCUAGUCCCAACUUCAACGAAGGAAACGUGCAUAUUUCUACCGAGUUGAGACUAGAGUGUCAUGGUGAUUUAGUAAGAGAAGCCAUAGAAGCCUUCCUGGAACAAACCUUUCUUGUGGAGCUGGUGGAAGCACCUCAAAGGGCUGAGAUCUCAGACUUAAGCUCCCAGAACAGUUUCCUCGGAGGAGGCCAGUCGGCCGCAGCCGUGGCGCCCAGCCGGAACGGUAUGAUCCUGAAGCCCCACUCCCACAAGGACUGGCAGGGGCGCGUGGCCACGUGGUUCAACCAGCCUGUCCGCAGACGCAAGGGCCGGCAGGUCAAGGCACGCCUCAUCACCCCGCGCCCCGCGUCUGGCCUCCUCCAGCCGGUGGUGAGAUGCCCCACGGUCAGGUACCACACCAAGGUGGGCGCCAGCAGGGGCUUCAGCCUGCAGGAGCUGAGGGUGGCUGGCAUCCACAAGAAGGUGGCCCGUACCAUUGGGAUCUCAGUGGACCCGAGGCGGCGGAACAACGGCACGGAGUCCCUGCCGGCCAACGUGCAGCGGCGCAAGGAGUACCGCUCCGAGCUCACCCUCUUCCCCAGGAAGCCCUCGGCCCCCAAGAAGGGAGACAGCACUGCUGAAGAGCUCAAACUGGCCACCCAGCUGAUGGGACCAGUCAUGCCCAUACGAAACGUCUACAAGGAGGAGAAAGCCAGAGUCAUCACAGAGGAGCAAAAGAACUUCAAGGUGGUCGCCAGUCUCCACAUGGCCUGCGCCAUCGCCUGGCUCUUUGGCAUCCCGGCAAAAAGGGCCAAGGAAGCUGCAGAACAGGAUGUUGAAAAGAAAAAAUAA